AUGCAACCGGCUGACGUUACUACUCGUCCACUCCGCAACGCACGGUGGCAGCAGCCCCGCAUCAGUGGGCUUCUCCAGGCGGGGCGAGUGGGCGAGCGGCGGAAACAUGGCAGCUGCCUUGGAAAAUGAAUUAGAAAUAGACAACGAAGAUUAUUAUUCGCUCCUGAAUGUGAGGAGAGAGGCGAGCCAGGAGGAGUUGAAGUGCUCCUACCGGCGGCUCUGCAUGCUGUACCACCCAGACAAGCACAGAGACCCUGAGCUCAAGAGGCAGGCCGAGCAGCUAUUCAACCUCGUUCACAGAGCUUAUGAAGUCCUUAGUGACCCACAGUCUCGAGCCAUAUAUGACAUUUUUGGGAAGAAAGGACUGGAAGUGGAAGGAUGGGAGAUCGUGGAGAGGAAAAGAACCCCUGCAGAGAUCAGGGAGGAGUAUGAGCGCCUGCAGAGGGAGAGGGACGAGAGGAGGCUACAGCAGAGAACUAAUCCCAAGGGGACCAUAAGUGUGGGCAUAGAUGCCACAGACCUGUUUGACCGCUACGAGGAGGAUUUUGAGGAAAUGCCGGGAGGAGGGUUCCCACACAUUGAGAUCAACAGGAUGCACAUAUCACAGUCUAUCGAGGCCCCCUUAACCACCACAGACACAGCCGUCCUCUCAGGCUCUCUGACCACACACAACGGUAAUGGCGGAGGUAAUAUCAACCUGUGUUUGCGACGGGUCACCUCUACAAGGGGUUGGGGAGAGCUGGAGUUUGGGGCAGGAGACAUUCGGGGACCUCUUUUUGGAAUGAAAGUCUUCCGGAAUGUGACCGCACGCUGCUUUGUGACCGCUCAGUGCGGCAUGCAGUUUUCCUCACGUGGCGUGCGGCCCAGUGCCAGCACCAUGAUGGCUCGGCACUUGGACCAGAAUACUAUGGGUUACCUGCAGUGGCGUUGGGGCAGUGAAUCAGCCAUGACCACCAGCAUUGUACGAGACACCAAGACCAGCCAUUUCACCCUGGCCCUACAGCUUGGUGUGCCCCAUUCGUACUUGAUGAUGAGCUAUCAGUACAAAUUCCAAGAUGAAGACCAGACCAAGGUCAAGGGUUCUGUCAAGACUGGCUUCUUUGGGACAGUGGUGGAAUAUGGCGCAGAGAGGAAGAUCAGCAGGCAUAGUGUGCUGUCAGCAACAGUCACCAUUGGGGUACCCCAAGGAGUCUCCCUUAAAAUCAGGUUGAAUCGGGCCAGUCAAACCUACCUCUUCCCCAUCCACCUGACAGACCAAAUUUUACCCAGCGCUGUAUUUUACGCCACUGUGGGCCCUGUUGUCGUCUAUUUAGCAGUUCAGAAACUUAUAAUCACACCUUAUGUACGCGCCCAGAAGGAACAGGAGCUGGAGAAGCAAAGAGUCGACUCUGCUUCAGAUAUUGCCAAGAAGAAGCACGAGGCCGAAUCUGCAGUGUUGCUAAUGCAAGAGUCAGUGAGAAGAAUCAUUGAAGCAGAGGAGUCCAAAAUGGGUCUUAUCAUCUUAAAUGCCUGGUAUGGCAAGUUUGUGACUGACAACAGCCAGAAACAGGAGCGGGCAAAGGUCAUUGAUGUGACGGUGCCUCUGCAGUGCCUGGUGAAGGAUUCCAAGCUCAUCCUCACUGAGGCUUCAAAGGCUGGUUUGCCUGGAUUCUAUGACCCAUGUGUCGGUGAGGAAAAGAGCCUGAAGCUGCUGUACCAGUUCCGGGGUGUCAUGCACCAAGUGCUGUCCGGAGACACCGAAGCCCUUAGGAUACCCAAGCAAUCACAUAGAAUAGAUGCAGAGACGUAGAAGUCUUCGUUGCAACAUGGACAGAUUCAAGAAACCGUAAAGGGACAGAUGAAGGGACAGAAGGACGUCAAAGUGAAGAGAAAUCUGAGGGUUGUCCACUUCAUUUCAUCUGAUGUCGUUGAGUAUGUGUAACCCCGCCCCCCUUUUUUCUUUUCCCUAUAUCCCACAACAGAUCCAUGGUCAGUAGAUCAUAGAGUAUCAUUCAGUGCGCAGUUCUGGGGUAGAGUUUCAGCUGAGUAAUUGUACGCUCCAGGCUGGAGUGUGGAGCAAUACUUCCUCUGUUUGCUCCCUGCUCAUUGUGCUGUCUGGCAAACGGACCACUUUGGUCUUUUGCGGCCUCCUAAGUGGGAGUGAUGUAAAAAUGAGUGUUAUGUGCAAAUAA